AUGAGAUCAAACAAGCCAAUCGGGAUCGCAAAUUUCGUCGAUUUUGUAAAUGCAAUGUUUUGUGUCACUCAGCCACUGCCAGCGCGCUACCUCUUUGGCUCGGAGAACCCGAAAAUACCGAUAACAAGACUCGGUCCACCCGGCACCGCGCCCGUCACCACAAUUGUUCCAAGCGGCAACUCGACAAAACUCCAAAAUAAGCAGUCUCCGUCAAAGGCCGCGCUCAACUCUCUGCCAGCACCGCUCAAAUUGGACAAGAGCGAUUUCAUCGGAUUUUUGCCGUUUCAUCUGGAGAAGCCGUAUGAUGUGCCGAGUGAGAAAUCGUGGACUCCCGCAAUACGCUUUUAUCGUCGAAUGGUCAGCUACGCACAGCCGUGCACUCUCUGUCAAAAAGCCGUUAUGCCUCGUGGUUUACUCGUGGUCCUUCCGUGUGCCCACAUCCUUCACCCCGAAUGUGCUGAUGAAAUGCAUUUCAAUCACCGACCAUGUGAUCGUUGCGAUGAGAUCAGCCUUAAAAAGAAGGGAUUUCUCUACUAUGUUUUUAUGCUCUUCUGCUGCUUG